UGCGCAGUGAGAGAGGACGUUCAUUCACCGCCAUUUUGUGCAGAAGAAGCAACAGCAGUCGUCGUUCUUUGCUCCGUGCUCCCCGGUUCAUUUAUCCUUAUUACUCUUCGUAUCCCUUGGUCUACUCACCUUCGUUGUCACCGCGUCACGCGCUUGUGGCAGCAUUGGUCAUUAAUCCGAAGAAACGAGCGAAGAAUUUUUUUUGAAACGUCAACUACAGACAUGAUGGCAAGCAACAUUACUAAUAAAACAGAUCCCCGUUCUUUGAACUCCCGAGUGUUUAUUGGGAACCUAAACACGUUAGUGGUGAAGAAAGCAGAUGUAGAAGCAAUCUUUUCUAAAUAUGGAAAAAUUGUGGGCUGCUCCGUACACAAGGGUUUUGCAUUUGUACAAUACAACAAUGAGCGCACUGCCCGUACAGCUGUAGCGGGUGAAGAUGGACGUAUGAUAGCUGGGCAAGUCCUGGACAUUAACCUUGCUGCUGAACCCAAAGCCAACAGAGGAAAGGGAGGAAUCAAACGGUCAGCAGCAGAUAUGUAUGGGUCUUCAUUUGAACUGGACUAUGAUUUUCAGCGAGACUACUAUGACGGAUAUUCUGCAGCCAGAGUACCCCCACCACCACCUAUUGCCCGAGCUGUCGUACCAUCAAAACGUCAGAGGGUUUCUGGUAACACCUCACGUCGUGGAAAGAGCUUCAACUCUAAAAGUGGUCAGCGGGGUGGAUCAUCUAAGUCUAGCAGAUUGAAGGGAGAUGAUCUUCAGACAAUUAAAAAGGAGCUCAGUCAGAUAAAACAGAGAGUAGACUCUCUUCUGGAAAGCUUAGAGCGAAUUGAACGUGAGCAAUCUAAGCAAGAGACAAAAGUGGAUGAAGAGCAGAGUGGCACCUCUGUUAAGAAGGAAGAAACAACUGUUAAAAUGGUUGCAGAGGAAGGGGGAGAUUCUGGCGAAGAGGGAGACUUGCUUGAUGAUGAUGAUCAGGGAGAGGACACGCUUGAAGAAAUUAAAGAUGGUGACAAAGAAACAGAGGAAGGAGAAGAUGAGGGGGACAGUGCAAAUGAGGAAGACUCUUAA